GAGGGUACUAUGAUACCACUACACCAGAUGCGCGACGUUGGUAACUUGAACCUCCAAAUCUUGCUUGAACAAGUAAAUGAAAUAAUCAGUAAAGCAACCUAUUAUUGGCGAGUACGAGGCCGGUGGGCAGUUCAUAGUAAAGCGAUGGGCGGUGGCGGUGCGAGAGUUUAUGCUUUAUUGUAGAAGAGACUGGAGCUGACCUGAUGUGUAUCUGAAAGUUGGUUAUUAAUUUCUCAUGGUAGAUGCUAUGUGAUGAAGUUUAUCAAUGAUUUUUUCUUUUGGCAGAUGAUAUGAUAUUUUAUGAAGCUUAUCAAUGAUUUUAGUAGUAUUACUUCUUUUGGGUUUUUAGUCUUCUCUUUAAGUUGCAUCUGAUGUUUGGAAUCGCAAAUUUUAUAUACCCUCACAAAUCCAGCACGCUUAGUGCUUGUGGUCACAUAGAUAAUUGUUGAUUAACUUGAAGAAGUUUCUGCAAUCCGUUUCCCGUUUCUGCUUAUUAGAUUGGUCUGUUUCUCUUACAAGCAUCCGCUUGUGGGUUUUUUUGAUGCCCUGCUAUCUGUAACAUUUGUACCUUUUUGUUCUUGUGGGUUUUCACAUAUGAGAAUUAACCACCCCUGUCUCAUAUAUUGCUUUGACUCAUUUGUUACUCCAUGUGUUUUUGAUGAACUUUGGAUAGCAGUUUGAAAUGAUUGGUUAUCAGCUAUAUUAUCAGCCUUUUUUUUUUUUAAAAAAAAGGAAAAAGAAAUGCAAGCUUUACUGCAUACCCUUUCAUCUUGAAAGGUAAAUGUUAUUUAAUCAAUGUAAUUGCAAUUGCAGGAGGAAAAAUUCUGACCUUUAACUUGAGCUAAGAGGACUUGAUGCUGUUUGUGUUGUUGUCCUGUAUUGCAUCAUAGCCCAUUUUGAAAUGGGAAUCCUUUGCUAAGCCACAUUGAAUUUUUGGUGCAAUGGAGAUGUGUUUUCUUGUAUUGAUGCAUCCUGCAAAUGUUUUCAUUUAAAUCACCUGCAGAAUUUACUUGAGCACCAUUUGCAUUCAUAUUACAAUUUAUGCUACAAUUCGGUUUCAUAUAUUUCCAUCCUUAUAGUGAUAACUCAUACGGAAAUACAUUACAAUUAAAAUUAAAAGUAAUUUGUUGACACAAUGAAUUGCUUCUUCUGCACAUUUUCUCUGUCCUGAACUGUUCUCUGGAAAAAAUUGUGGUGAGUGCAUAAGAACUCCUCUCCUGUUGAGCUUUGGACAGCAUACUCCUAUGUUUUUCAAUAGCAAUAGUUUCUGGUGAUCUAAGAGGAGCACUAGGGGCAUGGUUGCGUAUUAGAAAAUAGUAUCAAAUUUCCUUACCUAUGCGUUACAUCCAGCAAAGUAGAAGGGUAGGCACAUCAGUGGACUAUGUACAGCCUUGCUCUAUGCUCUUUUAAACUCUUGCAUCUUCUAUGCCAGUUUCCAGCCUGCCUAUUCCUAGAAGCACCAUAGCCUUCAAUGGAUAUGAAUUCCAGCUUUCUUUCUUCCUUCACAGUGAUGUCCAGUGCAUUGUUCUUGAGGAAAUUAAAGUUCUCUGCUGUUAUAAUUUAUAAACUUCUCUAGCAGUAACUGAAAACUGUUUCAGUUUCUUUGACUUCUUUCCUCACAUUAUGGGAAUCUUGAAGAUUACUUCCCGCUGGACUUUUGGCUGUGAACCAGGGGUCUUGUUUCUUGCUUAUUGCUGAUUUUAUAUUGGGAUUUCCUGAUAUCCUGGUUCACUCCUCCUGAUUCCACGUGUUGACCAGUUUGGUUACCAAUGUUCUAGGUUAAGGUAUACCAUGCAGCUCUUGCCUUUUAAAUCACAAAACUUUUUAUUCAAGAGUUCAAACCUGACUUCAGGAGGAUUAGUCCUAUUCUACAUCAAUCAAGAUAUUGUCAACCAAGCUGUGUGUCUAUAGAAUUAGGUUGCUUUUCUUGCUAUCAAGGUACAGAUUUCUAUUUAAAAACUUUCUUCCCACGUUACUCUUACUUUGCCCGUGGUUUCACUCUUCCCUGAUGUAGCUAUUAACAACCUUGGCAAUAUUUUGUAAUACCAGUAACAUGCUAGCAAUAUAUUUCCCUUGUAUAUUUGUGAAUUCUUUCAACAUAGCUCAAUUCAAGUUUCAGUCAGAUGGGGAAUCCAGGAAGGAGAGAAAUAGCUAUGGAAUGGAGUAUCUUUGCCUUCCAACUUUUAUUAAUUUACUUGUACAUUUUUUUUUUGUGCAAGUUCUAUUUCAACUUUGCUUUUCCAGGGUGUUCACUGUUUUUGAGUCGGUGUGUGGAGCAUGUAGAGUUGUUGGCUACAUUUAACUUUUUUUGGCUUGAAGCUCCAGUGAUGAAGUUAGUCAGCUUUAGUUGUCGUUCCAAUUGCUGAAGCUCUGUCAUAUUUCUAGAGCCACAUGUAGAACAGAAGGGACAGCUGAGGAGCUGGCUUAACAUUUUUCCUUUGGUCGCUACUUGCAUUGCUUCAAGUAUUGGAGUCAGUCGAAAGUUGUGAAUUUUACUAUUUCUGAUAGCAUGCUAUGCUGCAAAAAUCUCUCUCUCUCUCUCUCUCUAGUUUCUUUUAGUUUUCUGUCCACCAUUGUUUUACUGUUUUCUUUUUUUUUUUUUUUCUGGUGUUGUUUACUUUGGCUAAUGGAGGAUCAUAGGUGGGGCAAAUUAUGGAAAGGAUGGAGGGCAUCUGAUAUGGCCUCCUCAUGUCCUUGCUUAAUCGAAAACUGUAACGUGAACAGCAAGCACCCUUGAAUUGGGAUGGUGGAUCAGUCAAAAGAUAAUUUAAGAGCGAUUCUAUCUCCUUCGGCUCUUUCAUCACUUGUUCUGUUGAUAAAACAAGUCAGUAUCUUAAUCGUUGCUUGAAUGUUUCUACAGCUUGAACGCCAGCACAUGUUUUGGCAGAGAGCCAGUGAGUGCACGCGCUGGAUUUGCACUUUCUAAGUUGAAACUACCACUCGAGUCAAGCAAGCAAGAAGAAUUUAACAGUGAACGUGGAUGAAAAUCGGUCAGUCAGGGGCAUCAUGCUGUGCAACCAAAAUGUGUGGAUUUAACAGUGCGUGGCCUCUUAUUAUGAUUGGGAUCGGCGUUCAAUGAAAUCGUAUCACGUGCAAAGUGGGUAUCACGUGCAUAGCUUAAGAUACUUGAGAGCCUUGACCAAAAGAGGAUACCCUAAUUGUCAAUCGACUAUCAUUGUGAAUGAAGUAUCUACCCAAUUAAAAGUUUCUCGUUGCCCUUAUGUUUUCAGCUUUGGCAAAAAGAAUAAAUUCUUUUAUUGCUGCCCUUGUUGUUUUCCUCGGACAUGAAUAUAAGCAUUGUACGACAAGUUGAAGAAAAUGGCAAAAACGGCCCCUCAGUUGAGGUUAUAAGUUUGGCUUUGAUCGUUUUUCAUCCAGCUCGGAUGUUAAUGUCGUAUGUUCAUCAUAGUAUCACCUUACUUCUGAUCUUCUUUCCACGACAAACAUGUACUUGAGUUGCAUAUGUAUAGGUUCCCAUUCAGAGUGGGAGAUAUGGGUUGAGUGGCCUGAGGAGAUAAUAAUGUAAGUGAGAGAGGUACCGACUACCGAGCACUUCACUUGCAUUAAAAAGAAGAAAAAGGUUCGAAUCUAGAAUUCUUCCUUUGUCGGCUUGGUAAUUGGAAUAUGUCCGAAAAAUAAUAGUGAAGCCAGGAUUGAUAUUUGAUGCAAGAUUUCAGGAUACGAGGAUCCUCACUAGCUGACAUUGAAGCAUUGUGCUUAUCGAAACAAAUCUAGUCAGGAGCUGCGUGUUGAUUUUCAACUUUGAUGUUGAACCUAAGUUACUGCGUAUAUUCCAACUGCCGGCCGUUCUUCCUGUCACCUUCUUCCUCUCCUCCGACUUUUCAGACCCCCCUUCCCCAACGAACAGUAUAUAUUGAACGCAGACACCCAACAGUAGGGCCAUGUCAUCAGCAACACAAUCAUGGCUUACGCGAAGACAGCCGUUAACCGGCAAGAGGCGCUCUUGAUCAUAGUAUUCGCUUUCUUGAUUUCAUUCUCGUCUAUUAUGGCUUCUACUGAUGCUUUGGAUUCAUGUAAACCAACUGAUUCAGGCCCUGUUGUGAAGACCACGCCUUUAGUUUCCUUUCUUGAGACUGUUCAACAAACGUCCCUCAAAACGUUUGGGCACAAAAACUUUGAUCCCAAGCUUUACGUCGACGUGUCCUUGAAAUACAAUCUUAAUACUACCGUGGAGGCUUUUAAUAAGCUUUCAAUUGCUGAUAACGGGUCGGUUUCUGUUAGCGACUUGAAUGAUUUUUUAGCCCAAUAUUUGGAGGGUGCUGAUGAGGAUUUGGUGUAUGCUGAGCCAGUGGACUUUGUUGCUGAGCCUCGAGAUUUUCUACCCAAUGUGGAGAACCCUGAGAUGAGAGCUUGGGCAUUGGAAGUCCAUUCCCUCUGGAAGAAUUUGAGCAGGAAAGUUUCUGACACGGUUCUGGAGAAGCCUGAAUUGCAUACUUUGCUGCCAUUGCCUAAGCCUGUUAUUAUUCCAGGAUCCAGGUUUCGAGAGGUUUAUUACUGGGAUUCUUACUGGGUAAUCAGGGGCUUGCUGGCCAGUAAAAUGUAUGUCACGGCAAAAGGAAUCGUGACCAACCUUAUUUCCUUAAUUGAUGAAUUCGGUUAUGUACUUAAUGGUGCAAGGGCAUAUUACACUAACAGGAGCCAGCCCCCACUCCUGAGUUCUAUGAUCUUUAACAUAUACAAUCAAACAGGAGAUGAGGAAUUUAUCAAAAGUUCCCUUCCUGCGCUGCUUAAGGAGUAUGAGUUUUGGAAUUCAGGAAUACAUAAGGUGUCCAUUAAAGAUGCUCAAGGAGAGAUCCACAAUUUAAGUCGGUACUAUGCAAUGUGGAAUACUCCUAGGCCUGAAUCUUCAUCAAUUGACCAAGAAACAGCUUCAAGGCUUUCAAAUGUUUGUGAGAAAACACAGCUGUACCGUGAACUGGCAUCAGCAGCUGAAUCUGGAUGGGAUUUCAGUACUAGAUGGAUGAGGAAUGCAUCUGAUCUUACAACAUUGUCUACAACAUACAUAGUUCCUGUGGAUUUGAAUUCAUUCAUUCUGAAGAUGGAACUUGACAUAGCCUUUUUGGCAAAUGUUACUGGAGAGAGUAGCAUAGCUGCAAGAUUUACAGAAGCUUCUGAAGCUAGGAAAAAGGCAAUGAAUGCAAUACUUUGGAAUGCAGAGAAGGGGCAGUGGUUUGAUUACUGGCUUGCUGAGACCAAUACUUCCAAGGAUGCAUAUACCUGGGAAGCUUCAAACCAGAAUCAGAAAUCAUUUGCAUCAAACUUCAUUCCCUUGUGGGUCAACUUGUUUCAUUCAGACGCAAUGAUUAUGGAGAAAGUCAUUCAAAGUUUCCAAACUUCAGGCUUGCUUCGUCCUGCAGGGAUCGCAACUUCUUUGACAAAUACAGGACAACAAUGGGACUUUCCAAAUGGUUGGGCACCUCUUCAACACCUAAUUGUUGAGGGAUUGGUGAGAUAUGGGUCGGAGCAAGCAAAUUCAUUAGCCAAAGACAUUGCAUUGAGAUGGAUUAGAACCAAUUAUGUUGCUUACCAGGAAACAGGGGCAAUGCAUGAGAAGUACGAUGUUGAAAAAUGUGGAGAAUUCGGAGGUGGCGGUGAAUAUAAGCCUCAAGUUUUGGAUGGUCAAAUGGAGUUGUAUUGGCAUUUUUAGAGGAAUUUGGAUGGCCAGCAGACGUGAAGGUGGGUUGCCAGUGAGCAAGGACAUAAAGAAACAUAUAACCCUGCUCUACUGUAGCGAAAAAGAUGUAGGCUGCAUUACAUAUAAUACUUGUUGGUAAAAUUUGAAGAUUCUGUCAUCUUUAAAAGUCGCAGCUGGCAAUUCAUUACCUCUUAGCCUGUAACUGGAGUUGAAAUGUGCCAUUGAUAUAAAUUGUCCUUGUCUAAUAAAGCAGAAUCAAUUCACUGUUCU